AUGCUAUUAACUGUAACCUGUCACUGAUACAGGAUACAAUGAAUAGUAUAAUUCAACAGAUUAUGGUACAUGCUAAUAAUACCAACAGGUCUACAGAUGAACUACUUCAAUUACUGAACACUAGUCUUAUUAAAGAUAUCAGUAUACCAACUGCUGCUGCUGUUAAUGAUGUACUACUAUUACUACAGAUACAGAAUGGAUCCUCUUUGUUUAACAUUCGACUUGUUUCUUGCAAAGAUAUUAAAGCAGCUUAUCCCAACAGUCCUUCUGGUUAUUUUCAUGUUAACAGUCGCAACAUAUACUGCAAUAUGGGAGAGCUGUGUGGACAAGAUGGAGGAUGGACAAGAAUAGCUUAUCUUGAUAUGACUGACAUUACACAAAAUUGUCCUUCUGGACUUGAGGAAUUGAUGACUGGAGGCAUUAGAGUUUGUAGGAGAGAGAAUAAAUAUGGUGGUUGUAGGUCUAAUGUAUUCCAAACAAAUGGUAUCAGUUAUAGUCAAAUAUGUGGUAAAGUGGUUGGAUAUCAAAAAGGAACACCUGAUGCUGUUCACAAUGGCAUCAAUAUUAAUGGUACUUACCUCGAUGGAGUCAGUAUCACACGUGGAUCACUUCGUCAACAUGUCUGGUCCUAUAUGGCUGGGUUAAGGUCUGACAGCAGUUCAGACCAUGCCUGUCCUUGCAAUACUGGAACAACUGAUACAGUUCCAUCAUUUGUAGGAGAGCACUACUAUUGUGAGUCAGGUACAAACAGUGCUCCUUCCUAUGGUACCGUAUACACUGGUGAUCCAUUGUGGGAUGGGAAUAACUGUCCUUCAGUUGAAGCUCCUUGUUGUACUGGUACUGGUCUUCCAUGGUUCUUCAGAGAUUAUGGUAAUGCUACCAUUACUGAUUACAUUGAACUGAGGGUGUGUGGUAAUAGUAACUGGGAUAAUGAAGAUACUCCAGUUCAAUUGUAUGAAAUUUAUGUCAAGUAAAGGAACAUUAUUAUUGUGUGUAGCUUAUUACUGUGUAUGGUAACAAAACUCAUUUGAUAGUAGUAGCAUAGCAGUUUUAUAAUUAGAACAAUAAUAUUAUGUUUUAGAAG